GUGCUCCUCCGCGGGAUCAGGGAGAAACGCUCGAGCAGAGAGAAGCGAGCUGUGACAGACGAGCAGCACUACAGACGUGGACGGUACUCGCAGAACCUGCUACAUCUACUGACUACUUACUGAAGCAGCAGCCAGCGUGUGGUGGUGAUUCAGCGGACUUAGUCGGACAGUUUUAUUCCAGAGAGGGAGUGAGAAAGUUUGGAGAAAUGCACUCAGUGUACCUGGUCAGCCUGCUGUUUAUCUUCAGCACCCUGCAUGUUAACCAGCUGACGGAGGGCUGCUCGUGCGCUCUCACGCACCCCCAAGACGCCUUCUGCAACUCCGACAUAGUGAUUCGAGCUAAAGUGGUGGGCAAGAAGCUCCUGAGAGAUGGACCGUUUGGAACCAUGCGCUACACUGUCAAGCAAAUGAAGAUGUACAAAGGAUUUGAAAAAGUCCAGCAUGUGCAGCACAUUUACACAGACGCCUCGGAGAGUUUGUGCGGUGUGAAGUUUGACAUCAACAAAUACCAGUACCUGAUCACAGGACGAGUCUACGACGGCAAGGUUUACACGGGGCUGUGUAACCUGAACGAGCGGUGGGAGCGCCUCUCGCUGGCGCAGAAGAAAGGCAUCAACCAUCGCUACCAGCUGGGCUGCAACUGCAGGAUUAAGCCCUGCCACUACCUGCCCUGCUUCGUGACCUCCAAGAACGAGUGCUUAUGGACGGACAUGCUGUCCCACUUCGGUUAUCCCGGCUACCAGUCCCGGCACUACGCCUGCAUCCAGCAGAAGGAGGGCUACUGCAGCUGGUACCGAGGCAUGACCACCCGUGAUAAAACCACCAUCAAUGCCACUGACCCCUGAACACAAACGCCCUCUGACUGAAACUCGCUGCCGCCUCCCAAACUCCGUCCCAUCCCUGGUCACGUUUAGAGUAUUACAGGACUGUUCGAGCUCACCUGCCUGGGUGAUGUCCCCCUUUUUAAAGGGGUAAUAAAGGAAAAAAAAGAGCAAAUCUAUUACAGUGCCUGUUUGUAGCACUUCUGAUAGAAAAUAAUACCCCCCACCCUCCCUUUAUUUGUACAGCUUGUCCUGUGGCUCCUUUUUCCUUGUACUACAAACUCCGUCCUUUGCACCAAGUUGACAUCGGUGACAAAGACAGAAAGGGCCAAUAAAAAGUGUAAGACCUCGCUCCACCUACUGAGAGCUUCUGAAAAGAUUUAAUCAUAAGUAUUAUUUACAGCAUCAGUAUCAUUGGCUUCAAUUAGCAACCUGCAGUUUAGCUAGUAGCUAGUGUCAGGAUCAUUUGAACGAGGAGAAGUCUCUAAAGCAAAAGCCAGGAGGUGUCAGACGAAGUAUACUACGAAGAUGAUCCUUUGUAAAUUUGCUGAGUAAAGCUAGCUUGUUGCUAUCAAUAUACCGAACAUGGCCGAAACAGCGCCAACAUAUUAUAUAUGUUAACGAUACACGUCUAUUUUGGCUUCAAACCCCUUUGUGAAAUGGACAAUGUUUCACAGUGAAGUAUCGGUUAUGUUCAGUUUGAACUGUCACACACGUCUUUAUAAUGGUAGUAAGUCUGCUUCCUGUUUUUAACGCGACUGUUGCGCACUGCUUCACAAAAGUAACACAGUGCCAGCGCGGGGAAGCGCCCAAUUUCUUGCAGAGAUGGUGAUAUUUUAUUUGUUGCUGUAUAUAAAAUAAGCUACAGAAAUCAACUCAUCUGAAACCUCUAUUACAUUUAUUUAUAUGUUUAUUGGGUUAUACUAUGUGGUAUAUGUGCGUAAAAGAAAAACAGGCCAAAUAAUAUCGUGAACUCACUGCAGUGUAUUAAAUGAAGCACCAGCAUCAGCAAAUUCAACAUUAUGGUACUAUUAUGGUAGUUUGGUUUUUUUGGCUUCAUUAUAAUCCCCUACACCCCUCCCCCCCCCCAAGCUGGUACUCGUUACCAAUCC